AUGUCAGGAUAGGAACGUCCCGGGCCAACAGCAACUCCGCACGGCCGUCGUCGUCGAAAGUCUCUGCAGAACGCCGCGCGGCGACUCCCCGUCCACCAGCCACUGCUCCUCCUCGGUUCCUCCGCCGUAGGCAGAAACGUGCUGCCCUGCGCGCCGUGCCGCACGGCCACCGCAUCACACUCCACUCCAGUCGUCGAGAAGGGAGGGCCAUGGAAGUGGUCGCGUCGGCGCCGGGGAAGGUGCUCGUGGCGGGAGGGUACCUGGUGCUGGAGCGCCCCAACCCCGGCCUCGUCCUCAGCACCAGCGCCCGCUUCUACGCCAUCGUCCGCCCGAUCCACGACGAGCUCAGCCCCGACUCCUGGGCAUGGGCGUGGGCGGAUGUGAAGGUGACCUCCCCUCAGCUCUCCCGGGAGGCCGCCUACAAGCUAUCCAUCAAGAAUUCGACGCUCCAAUUGACGUCCGCAAGGGAGUCUACAAACCCUUUUGUGGAGCAGGCGAUACAAUUCUCCAUAGCAGCUGCCAAAGUGUCUAUUACUGAUAAGGAGAAGAAAGAUGCACUAGAUAAGCUGCUGUUGCGAGGUUUGAACAUCACAAUUCUGGGUUCCAAUGAUUUCUAUUCGUACAGGAAGCAGAUUGAAGCACGUGGUCUGCCUCUAACUCCAGAGGUAUUGCUUUCAUUGCCUCCAUUUUGCUCAAUUACGUUUAACUCAGAAGUUGCUAAUGGAACUGGAGAAAUAUGCAAACCUGAAGUGGCAAAAACUGGACUUGGGUCAUCAGCUGCUAUGACUGCAUCAGUUGUUGCUGCUCUUCUUCAUUAUCUUGGAGCUGUUAACCUUUCGUGUUCAGGUCAAUCAUCCAGUGACACUGUAACUGGACGAGAUUUUGAUUUUGUGCAUGCUAUUGCUCAAAGUGCACACUGUAUAGCACAAGGGAAAAUUGGCAGUGGCUUUGAUGUUAGUGCCGCUGUCUAUGGGAGUCAGCGCUACAUAAGGUUCUCUCCAGAAAUCCUCUCCUCAGCUCAGGUUAUAGGUGGGAGUUGCUUGCCAGAUGCAGUAGCAGAUAUUGUUACACGGAGGUGGGAUCAUGAGAAGACUCAAUUUUCUUUGCCUCCUCUGAUGUGCCUUCUUCUGGGUGAACCUGGAACUGGAGGAUCAUCUACUCCAUCAAUGGUUGGAUCUGUGAAACAGUGGCAGAAGUCUGAUCCUCAGAAAGCCGCAGAUACAUGGAGCAAGUUGGGAAUGGCUAAUUCAGUGCUGGAAAACCAAUUGAGAAGCUUAAGCAAACUUUCUGAAGAUUAUUGGGAGGCCUAUGAAUCUGUAGUGCGGUCCUGUAGUCGUCUCACAUUCAUGAAGUGGACAGAGGUGGCUACUAAUCAGCAUCAAGAAUUGGUUGUCAAAUCAUUAUUGGCUGCGAGAGAUGCUUUCCUUGAAAUAAGGCUUCAUAUGCGAGAGAUGGGUGUGGCAGCCGGUGUUCCAAUUGAGCCGGAGUCACAAACACAACUUCUGGAUGCCACUAUGAAUAUGGAAGGCGUUCUACUAGCUGGUGUUCCUGGAGCCGGUGGCUUUGACGCAGUUUUCUCAGUGACCUUGGGUGAAGCAAGUGGUGCUGUAGCAAAUGCUUGGAGCUCCGUCGGUGUCCUCCCACUCCUUGUUCGAGAAGACUCUCGGGGUGUUUCACUGGAAGCUGGUGAUCCAAGAACAGAGGAGGUGUCAACAGCUGUGUCGUCCAUACAGAUUAGGUGAUACUAUUUGUUGAUAAAUCCUGUAAUGCUUCUACGGUGUAUCUUUGGUAUCUCAUUCAUUUAGGAGUAGCACAACCAGACAAAAUUUGAAAACUCUCAUUGUUAGAAUAAGUGCUGAGCACGGAGCAAAGAUGGUACGAUGUAGUUGAGGACAAUGCAAGAGUGGAAAAUGGGAAGCUCUUGUAACCCCCAUGGAAUGGAAGCAUUUGCCUGUGGCCACGAAAUGUACGUGGUGCAAUGUGUAGCUUUUCCAAUAAACUCGGGACUUGAAUUUUGAAACAUUUUGAAACUCGUUAUUACAGCA